AUGCUUUAUCGCGGCGCCUCGCUCCGGCCAGCUGGCUCCCCUCUGUACAGGCGCUGGCUGCAGCUUCUGUUCGAGCGGGCCGCCAGCUCCUCCGCGACUUGCCUCCCGUGCGCGAGCCCCCGCCCGUGCUGGUGCAGGCCACCACCCCGAGCUCCCCGCUCCCCGUUUGCGCCUGCCCCCGUCGGCUCCGGCCUCCCGCCGGCUCCUGCGCCGCGCCCCCGCGCGGCCCUGGGCUCGUACCGGCGUCCUCCGCCGGGUGCCUGCGUGCUCGGCCUCGCCCGGCCGCCCCGCGCCCCGGCGGCGCAUCCGGGUCCGCCCCGCCUCAGCCGGCCACCGCUGCGCCCGGGCGCCUCGCUUGGCCUCUGCUCCACCCGAGCUCCUCGCGAGCACCUCCCCCUCGCCUCCGCCUGGCCGGAGCGCCUCCGCCAGCCACCGCCUCCAGCCACCUGCGCGCCCGCGCCACGAGCUCAGCCUCCCGUCGCAGGCGCCGCUUGGCCCCUCGUCCAGCUUCGCGCGCGCUGGCCUCCCGCCCUCCGCGCAACCCGGCCCGGCCGGCUCCGCGCCUCCCGGGUUCAGCUCCCCCCGCGGCGACUCGCCGCCUUGCCCACCCGCCGGCUCCCGCGGGCCGGCUUCGCCUUGCCUUGGCCGCCUUGCCCCGCUAGCCGGCGUCCGCCUCGUCGCUCCUCCACGCGGCUGAGUGCCCCACGCCCGCGCCGGCUCCCCUCGCUCAUCGCAUGCCGGCUCCCGCCACUCGGACGGCCCGCUCUGUCACCCAGCCGCCCUCCCCCAGCCGGCUCCAGUUCCCGCCGACUCGCCGCCCCACGGGCCGGCCUCCGCGCGGUCGCGUCGCUUCGCCCGCACCGCCUCGCCUCGCCGCGCCGACUCUGGCUGCGCGCCGGCUCCUUUAGCCCUCGCCGCGCCGGCUUCACCGGUGACCCGGCCUGCCGGCUCUCCCCCAACUCGGACGACCGGCUCCGCCGCCUUCCGUCUCCGUCGCCACUCGGCCGGCUCCGCUACUUGCCGGCCCCGCCCGCAUCCCGGCUAGCCGCCUCGCCGCCCCCCGCGCCGGCUCCGCCCGCAUCCCGGCCUCCCGCAGGUCGGCUGGCCACGCCCAUGCGGAUUGCGCCGUGCAAGCUCCUCUGCCGGCUGGAGCAAAAGAGAAAGAAGAAAAGUCAAGCCGGCUGA